CUUGGGAGCGUCACUUCCGGCAUCUCCGCGUGGACCCGCUAGUGAGGCUCCUCCAGCAUGGCGGAGUUAGCUAGUCCCGCCAAGCCGACUCUGGCGCUGAACCCGCAGGAAGACUUGCAGUUUCAGAAGGAGGUGACGCAAGUCAAGCAGCGCGUGAAAAAGCAAAAGGAGGAGGGAAAUCUUAACCCUGGAGUGAUCUUUCUGGGCCACCUGCCGUCAACACUGUCUGAAACCCACGUCUAUGACUACUUCUCCCAGUUUGGCACUAUUAGCAGGUUCAGGUUGUCCAGAAGUAAACGGACUGGAAACAGCAGAGGAUAUGCCUUUGUGGAGUUUGAGUCUGAGGAUGUUGCCAAGAUAGUUGCAGAAACAAUGGACAACUACCUUUUUGGUGAAAGACUUUUAUCAUGUAAAUUCAUGCCACCAGAAAAAGUCCAUAAGGACCUCUUUAAAGACUGGAAUGUUCCAUUUCAUCAGUCAUCAUUUCCUUCAGUGAAACGCUAUAAUCAGAAACGGGGUCAUUUUCAAAUGUUAAAGAUGGAAUAUCGGUUCAAGAGGAAGGAAAAAUUACUCCGGAAGAAGCUAGCUAAGAAGGGGAUUGAUUAUAGUUUUCCUUCGCUGGUCUUACCUAAGCUGAAGAAAGAGGGCACUCUUAGUACCCCUGAGGAUUCCAAGGAGUCUGAGGGUACCCAGGUUUUGCAUGUCCCAGGAGAAAGGCUUUCAGGUAUACCUAAGAAAAAGUCGAAGAAGAUGUUGAGGAGAAUUCUCAAAAGCAUUCGUAACAGGCAAAAUAGGCAAAAGAGGCAGUCUAAGACGUCUGUAGACAGCCAGGGUCCCACACCAGUUUGUACACCAACAUUUUUGGAGAGACGAAAAUCAGAAGUGAUAGAAGUCAAUGACAGUAAAGAUAAUGAAAUUAUUUUCAAGCAGCCUGUGUCCACAGUGAAGGAAGAGGGACAAAAGACUCCAACAGCUGCACGCUCUGGGAGAAAAAGACCAAGAAAAAGGAAGAGCAACCAGUGAUCCUGAAAGCAUUCUGUGUGUACAUCUGGGCAGAUGUGAUUUUGUUAUAAAGGCCUACUUUAUUUUACCAGGUGCAGUCAUGUGCGAGCCACUGAUGAGACUGGUGGAGGAAAAACAUGUUGGUUCAUGCCAAUGAGGAAAGCCAUCAGGAACUUGACUGUUUUGCCCUCUCCUGACCUGAGUUUGAAUUUGGGUUUCACAAGCCCCUUAGUUUACUCUGCCUGUGUUAUCUUACAGGCUUAGACACCACCAGCAACCUUUGCUGGCCCCACCAAUGCUGUUUGACUGUAUGGUGGUUGUGCACAUAAAACCCAAAAGAAUAUGUCAGGCUUCAACCUCAGACCUCUGAAACUGGAAGUUAAAUACACAUUUGAAGAGUGAGAAGGCAGUCCAAGUGUAAAUACAGAUUUGCACAAGUAUUGUGAGGAUCUGGAAUAACGUUUUUACCCAAGCUAGUAUAGGGUUAACAGAUCAGUUUCAGCAGGUAUAUUCAAAAUCCAAACAGUGACCAAACUUUUCUACAAUUUGUGUACAGGAAACCUAAGAACUUUGGGGGCAGGGAUGCUCUAUCACUGUUUCUGUGCCCCGUCUGUGCUUUUGUAUUGCUAAUACAGGAUUGUUAAGUA